UGGCAGAAUAGUUAUUAUUGUUUAGAUCGCAGAGGAUUGCGGGUUAUACAAACCCGUGAUCCGAUCAAGCUAGGGUGGAGACGAUUGUUUGGAUCGCGGAAGACGGAGGGUUAUACAAACCCGCGAUCCGAUCAAGCUAGGGUGGAGCCCAUGUCGAGGAAUACAAGGUAGAAGAGAACUUGGAAGGUACAGAACAGGGUAGAGCAGAGGAGAGCAGAGGAGCUGAGCUGACAGGUUGGAGGCAAAGACCGUUAGGUUCAUACCUAAGAUUCAAAAAUACUGCCGGGAAGAAAAAAUAAAACAAACGACUAAACUCUUUCGCCCCCAGCCAAGCCAAUAGAUCUGUUGCUGUAUCUGUCCCUAUUUCACAAAUGUCGACUCUUUUUCCAUAGAGAAGGAGGAACAAGAGAGACAAUGAGGCCUUCGAUGGAGGAGACGAUGACUGAUGAUGGCUCCGUAAGUCCAUCCCCGUCACCUCCGACGCCUCCCUCGCCUCUCCCCAUCAGUGUGGGACCAGGCAACCACAGGUACGAGUUCUCGGCAUCCCCGACCCCGUCCCCUCCGUUCUCGGCCGCGCCCUCGAGCCAGUCUUCUGCAGAGAACCUCCCCCUUCUCCAGGAGCCAUCGGCUCGGCAAGCAUUCUCCGUCGACAUCAAGAACCAGGACGAAGAAGCCGACUCCUCGAGUUCGUGUCUCAAGGAUCUGUUGGAGUGGCUAUUGAGAAAAUGUUGCACUUGUCUUCAGUCUUGAUUCCCCUGAGUUGUUGGCUCGUCAACUGGUCGAGAAAUCGCGGCGGGCAAUACAGGAUCGCAUUCACCUCUACUGACAAAUUCAACUAAUACUGAAAUCGUUAGCUGUUACUUCUCACACGGUGGUUUUAACCAAUUUCCUGACCCACGAGAAGUUUUGAUUUAUUGAUUACCGGGGAUUAUUUGUAUAGUGAACAUUGAUACGUUCGGGCACAGCAUCCCGAUUAUAUGUUGUGGGAACACAUUACAGUGACGGCUUCCGCAUAAUAUUUUCUUCUUUAGUUAGUAUGAAUUGUUUGAUUGCUGUUUU